CUUCCCUCUCUGCUCUCUGCCUCCUUUUAUUCCCUUUCUCUCGUCUGCGUCUCUGGAUGCUCCAGGAGCCAUGAGCCACCAGUUUAGCUCCCAGUCAGCGUUCAGCUCCAGGAGCAGGCAGGUUUAUAACGCUGGUUCCUCUGUGGGCUUUGGUGGUGGGAGCCGGGCUGUGAGGUCCGUGUGUCAGGCCCGAGGGAGGUGUGGCAGUGGUGGUGGUGGGUAUGGGAGCCAUGCAAGGGGGUUUACCUCCAGGAGUCUAUACAAUCUGGGUGGCAGUAAAAGCAUCUCCAUCAGCCUAGUGGGGAGAAGUGCCAGUGGUUUCUGCCAUGGUGGGGGAGCAGGAGGGGGAUUUGGAGGAGGCAGGAGCUUUGGAGGUGGUGGUUUUGGGGGUCGUGGCUUUGGAGGUGGUGGGUUUAGGGGUGGCAAUUUGGGGCUUGGGGGCUUUGGUCCUUCUUGUCCCCCAGGGGGUAUCCAAGAAGUGACCAUUAACCAGAGCCUCUUACAACCACUUCACCUGGAGGUGGACCCUGAAAUUCAGAGGGUUAAGAUGCAGGAGCGGGAGCAGAUCAUGGUUCUGAACAACAAGUUUGCCUCCUUCAUUGACAAGGUGCGAUUUCUGGAGCAGCAGAAUCAGGUGCUCCAGACAAAAUGGGAGCUACUGCAGCAGGUAAACACGUCGACUCAGACCAACAACCUGGAGCCCAUCUUUGAAAGCUACAUCAGCAAGCUGCAGAAGCAGGUGGAUUUUCUCAGAGCGGAGCAGAUGCGCCAGAGCUUGGAGAUCAGGAGCAUGCAGGAUGUUGUGGAUGACUACAAGAACAAGUAUGAGGAAGAAAUCAACCGGAGGACCAGCAGCGAGAAUGAAUUUGUUGUCCUGAAGAAGGAUGUGGAUUCUGCUUAUCUGAGCAAAGUGGACCUACAGUCCAAGGCAGACACCCUGAAUGAGGAGGUCGAUUUCCUGAAAUAUUUAUUUCAAUCGGAGCUGUCUCAGAUGCAGACCAACAUCACCGACACCAGCGUCAUCCUGUCCAUGGACAAUAACCGCUCCCUGGAUUUGGACAGCAUUAUCGAUGCCGUGAGGAUUCAGUACGAGGAGAUUGCACAAAGGAGCAAGGAUGAGGCUGAGGCCCUGUACCAGACCAAGUACCAGGAGCUCCAGAUCACAGCGGGAAGACAUGGAGACGAGCUGCAGACCAGCAGGACGGAGAUCUCCGAACUCAACCUCACCAUCCAGAGGCUGCAGGCAGAGAUUGGCAACGUCAAGAAGCAGAUCGAGCAGAUGCACACCAUCAUUUCUGAUGCAGAGGAGAGGGGACACCAGGCCCUCCAGGAUGCACAGCAGAAGCUGCAGGACCUGGAGGCCGCCCUGCAGCAGUCCAAGGAGGAGCUGGCCCGCCUGCUGCGUGACUACCAGGCGCUGCUGGGAGCUAAGCUGUCCCUGGACGUGGAGAUUGCCACCUACCGCAAGCUGCUGGAGGGCGAGGAGAGCAGGAUGUCAGGGGAGCUGCAGAGCCAAGUGAGCAUCUCUGUGCAGAGCAGCCAGCUCACCAUCGGCGGAGGUGCCCGGGGCUCUGGAGGUUACGGCGGAGGCGGAGGUUACGGAGGCGGCGGAGGUUACGCCGGCGGCAGCAGCAGUGGAGGCUACGGCGGCGGCGGCUUCCGCGGGGGCUCGGGCGGCUACGGAGGGGGCUCUCGAGGGGGCAGUGGAGGCGGUUAUGAGAGCGGCGGUGGGAGCCACGGAGGGAGUAGCAUAAGUAGCAGCAAGUACUGGGGCAGAAAAGGCGGCACCUCCGGAAUGCAGAUAAUCCAAACGUCUACCAGCACCUCCCACAGGCGAAUCCUGGAGUAGAGCGCCAGGCUUCCGGGACGCCAGGCUUCUGCAAGGCCUCACAAGCACCACCUCCUGCCCCCCACCCGCCACGCCCUUCCUGACCCCCAUCCCCUUACCUUUUCCCGAUGGGUCUCAGCAGUUUUGCCAAUACAUUCCACUCUAGACAGGGAAUCAGGUGGAUAAUCCCAAACAGAGAUCUCUAUUUGGAGGGCACUGACCGGUAGUCCAAACACAGCCGGGCACAUUCUCAAGUCAGAUGCCUCAGCUGGCCCUGUUUCUGUCCUUGGGGACACUUGCAGAUUAUGCAGAGUUGAUGUCGAGUAUACCAGGUUUCUCACUCCAGGCUCCCCUUCUUGCACCUGGGCUUCUCUGUGAAUAAUCCAUUCCUUAGGGCUGGGGUUCCCAACCUCCAGGAUCUAAUAUUAGCCUGAUGACCUGAAGUAGAGCUGAUAUAAUAAUAGUAGAAAUAAGAUACACAAUAAAUGUAAUGCAAUUUAAUCAUCCAGAAACCAUCUCCCCCCACCCUCUGGUCCAGGGAAAAAUUGUCUUCCAGGAAACUAAUCCCUGGUGUCAAAAAGGUUGGGGAACGCUGCCUUAGGGGACUUGAAAAUGAGGUCUUUGGGUGAGUAGCUGAGGACAAGGCAGGCCAGCUUGGUAAGGAGAACUUUUGUGCCAGGGGUCAAUUCCUGCCUCUUGGUCUGUAGCCCCAUCCAUUGCUGUUGCUUGGAGAGUGUGGAUUUACCCAUCUGACACCUGUGAGUCCUGUCUAGUCCUGAUUCUGAAUCUCUGUGUCAGGAAACAUUAUCCCUUGGGUUAACAGCCCAAGACGGGGUAUCCAGAGAGCAGAAAUGCUUGUCCACAGGGAGGACUGUAACUAGCAGUAAGUGAAGGAGUUGAUGGACUGCAGUCUGGUUCUAUUCUGUCCUGACUUCCUUUGGAAGCUCCAUUCUUUGGAAGUGUGGCCCUCCUGAACUCUGCUUCAUAAUGACCCUCUGGAGAAUUGCCCAGCAGGCUGGGCACAUUCAGCCCAGCACUGAUCUGUCCAGGUGCUCAAGCCCUGAGGAGUUUGAGAAUCACACUUGGGUUUUGGGACGGUUCAACCCUGAACUAGUCUGCAAGAUGCCCGUUGUUAGCACGGUAUAGCUUCAUGCUCUUCCCAGACUGCAAAGUCCCUCCUGACUCCUGUUCUCUGUGAUUCUCUCUUUGUGAGACUCUGACUGUUUAUUUUGGGUCUCAUAUAAGAUACUUGAGAUAUGCUGGAGAGGACAGGAUGGGGAAAAUAUGACCAACUGAGGGGGCCUUGUGGACCUUGAGAGAGGGCUGGCUUUGCUGCUUAGAUCUGGAUUUACCUCUGCUUGUUCGCUGAGUCCUAAUACGAUAUCCAUGUCAGUGACACUCUUGAGGCAUCUGCUGGACUCAGUGUGGGUUCCCUAGGAAGUACUGUGACCUCAUCAUCUCCUGGUUGAAGGUUGUACCUUGAAGGGCUUGAUAUUCUGGUGUCUCUACAAUAAAUUUUCUGUGCUCUCCAAA